CAGCACUGUGGAUCCGCAGCUUCUGUAGAUGGGGGCGGGAUAACUGACACUGGGAUAUUUCCUGGGUUGGAUUUUGAUAUUUUUUCUGUAAUUUCUCAGGGUUUGCAGUUUAAAAUGAUCCCCACCGCCUCAGAGUCAUCCAGCUGGAAACACUGACUGUCUUAUUUCCUGCAACAAUCAUUUCCUCUGUUUCUAAUUGGCUCCUCCUCCUCCUCUUCGCUUUAUUGUCAGUGACAGUCGGAUUAUUCCCUCACAGCAGCAGCCUGCUUCUCACCGGAUGAACAUGCAGUCUCUAAGUAAGGAUUUAUAAUUCCUGCAGCAUCUCCUCUCCUCUGCACGGACAUUGUUCCAGUGAGGCUGCCACACCUUCACACCUGAGCAGUCAGCUUGAACGACAAACAGAGGAAGAAGGAUAAUUCCCACUCACUCCAGCCACCAGUCAGACCAGUCCAGUCCCAUCGUCAAAACACAACAUUCUCUUUUCCCCCAACUGUUCUGGGGCUUUCCAAGCAUUCCUCACCAGGUUCUUCAGGAAGGUUCUCUGUGGUGUUCUGCACAGCUCUACGUGCCUCGGGGCCUUGGACCUUCAUGCGUCUCUUAGCACCAGAGUCCACCCACACCUACACCCACCACACCACCACCCGUACCAUGAGCUGUGAGCAGGAGUUUGGAGACGGAGUCAUGGGGGUCACGCUCACACUGCGCCUCCUCAUGCACGGAAAGGAAGUUGGGAGUAUUAUUGGAAAGAAAGGAGAAACCGUGAAGAGAAUACGAGAAGAGAGCGGCGCCAGGAUCAACAUCUCCGAGGGCACCUGUCCGGAGAGAAUCAUCACCAUCACCGGUCCGACGGACUGCGUGUUCCGGGCUUUCACCAUGAUCACCUUCAAACUAGAGGAGGACCUGGCAGCUCUGGUAGCAAACGGCACAGUGACCAGCAAACCUCCCAUCACCCUGCGGUUGGUCAUCCCGGCCAGCCAGUGCGGCUCCCUCAUCGGGAAAGGUGGAUCAAAGAUCAAGGAGAUCAGAGAGACAACAGGUGCACAGGUUCAGGUGGCGGGUGACCUCCUCCCCAACUCCACAGAGAGGGAGGUGACAAUAUCAGGAGGCCAGGAUGCCAUCAUCCACUGUGUUAAACUCAUCUGCACCGUUAUUCUGGAGUCACCACCGAAGGGAGCGACCAUUCCAUACCGGCCCAGUCCGACUCCUGGAACUGUGCUGCUGGCAGGAAACCAGGUGUUCGAGGCUUCAGACUUUGGAUCUCACCCCCUGUUCUCGUUGGCCCAGGGAGGACUGGACCUGCAGCAGACAUAUGCAGUUCAGAGCCACUACAGCAUUCCACAUUCAGAGUUGGUGAAACUGCAGCAGCUGUCGAUGCAGCAACAAGGCCUGGCGUCCAUCAGUCAGUCAGCCACAGUCCUGCCGGAAGCAGUGGAAGCAAAUUCCCAAACUACGUCUCAGGAGCUCCUCAUUCCAAACGAUCUGAUUGGAUCAAUCAUCGGACGCCAGGGCACCAAAAUCAACGAGAUCCGGCAGGUGUCAGGGGCUCAAAUCAAGAUCGGCAGUCAGAUCGACAGCAGCAGCGACCGUCGCGUCACCAUCACCGGCACGCCUAUCGCCAUCAACCUGGCUCAGUAUUUAAUCACUUCAUGUUUAGAGACCGCCAAAUCCACCGCCCAGUCCUCCUCCAUGUCGUCUCCCGUUGACCUGACCAUGAGCUUCACCCAGCCCGCCCCCCCUGCCUCUGCCUCGUCCUCCUCCUCCUCCCUGGCAGCGAUGGGUGCUGCACUGCCCCACGCUCCAAUCCUGGGCGCCCCUUACGCCCUCCCCCUCUCCAGCCUCCUGGGAGUGAAAUCCAUCCCCUAUCUGGCACUGUCCAACCCUUCUGCCUCAGCAGCGGCGGCAGCGGCUGCCAUGGGGGCACAGGUGUUACCAAGCUCGAUGCAGACAGCGGCCACAGCAGCAGUUCCUGUCCCGGCUCACGCAGCAGCUGUGCUGGCGUCCUACACGGCCAAGAUCUCAUCUUCAGCCAAUGGGAUGAAGAAGCCAGAGAGACAGAAGUUUUCUCCAUACUGAUGACGGAGGAGAUCCGUCUCUGAGCUCAGAGUCCGGAGGGUGGCGGGUGUUGGCAGCGACACGCAGCCUGUAAAAGCCAUAAAGACUUUUCAGCUUUU